CCCCACUACAACAAGGGGGGGCUUUUUUGGCAGCUGCCCCGGAGGCACAGCCAGGGCUGCCACAGGCUGCAGCGGCCUCUGCCUUUACCCCAGCCCCUGCGGGAGGCUCUGGAGCAGGCACGUUCCCGCUGCCCUCCGCGUGCCCCCCCAAGGGAUGCAGGCCGCUUCCCUGAUGCCAGCUCAGCUGAGCUGGGGCUCAGGGCAGCCUGCAGCAAACCCACGCUGCUGGCCUGGCCCCGGGGCCCGCAGGAGCAAGGCGCAUGCCAGGCAUCCUGCUGAAGCCCAGUCUGGGUGAUCCCGGGAGGCAGGUAACGUCCAGGACCAUGGCGGAAGCACGGCUCUUCCCUGCUCUGCACAGCCCACCCAGCCCUGGCUUGUGUCCCCCCUGGCUAGCAGGUUACAGGCAGGGGCAUCACCAGCUGCCAGGGGCGCCUGGGUACCAGCAGGGCCUGGGACCAGCCGAGCAGCUCUGUCGCCGCGGAGGAGACACUGUGAUGUCCUCAGGCGGGCCAGAGGGUGUGGGAACGCAUCCGAGCGCCCCCAAGGCCACACACCUCCCGGCACGGAGACGGGGGGGUGGAAUAGACACAGGUGCAGCACGCGCAGUGCCCGUGCGUGUGGGAUCCAGGGGCUGCACUCGGCCGCCGUGGGGCUUGGCCAUGCCGGCGCAACCGACGGCGUCCCUGUCCCCAAGGGGUGGCCCUGCUCCGCCCCUUUUCUCAGCCAGAAAUAACUGCUGUCCCGCGGCCGGACUUUGGCAUCCGGGCUGGAGCCCAGCACAGGUCAGGGUGAGAGGCAGGGAGCCCACGGGCUGCUGUGAAGGGCUCGCCGGGGCCACCGAGCGCUGGUGGCCCAAGCCGAGCUGCAGCUGCCUCCCCAGCACUGCAGGAGAGCAUCGUCCAUCCCCGGCACAGCGGUUGUCCUCCAGCCAGCACAUUUGGGGGCUCACACAUCCCUGCGCUGCAGCUGGCAGCACUGGGCUGCCUCUCUCCCAGCUGGACAGCAACCAGCCUUCUUCCACGGACCCACACCAGGAGUGUGACAGCAGACGAUGACCAUCGUGAGACCAGAACCAGGAGAUGCCCCUCGGCUGGACCUGGGCAAGAAGGUCAGCACACCGCAGGAUGUGAUGAUAGAGGAGCUGUCACUGCAGACGAACCGGGGCUCAAAGCUCUUCCAGCAGAGGCAGAGACGGAUGCAGCGCUUCAUCUUUGAGUAUCCCAGCGGCUACAGGAAGCUCUUGGGGACAGGGACAGGUGAAUCACAUGGCGUGGAGAAAGGCUACCUGGAGGGAACGGCAAAUGAGUGGAGGGCAGGUGACAAUGCUGAGGGUCAGCAGAGCUACCACUCCGAGCUCCAUGUGGCAGCGUCGGCCCGGGGGGGCCCUCCCAAAGUGCCCAAGAAGACAGAGAAAGUCUUGCAGAUGAGCAAAGCCCUCAACCCAGAUGCUCUGGCCCCAGGCUACUCUGGCCCCCUCAAAGAAGUUCCCCCUGAGAAGUUUAACGUCACUGCCAUCCCCAAGGGCUACCGUUCCCCGUGGCAGGAGUUCCUCAGCGAGAAGGACUACACGGCAGGCAGAGAGAACCAGCUGCCUAUAAAACCCACUCACUGGGACUUCAGAAGCUUCAACAGGACUCCCACCCCGUUUGGCAGAGCACAAGUCAGUGACACGUUCUCUAUGCCUACAAUGGAGUUUGAUAACCUGAGCACUCUGGAGCUGAUUUCCCACAGACCCAACUUCAACAGAGCACCGCAAGGCUGGGUGCGGAUUCUACCAGAGAGUGAUGAGCUGUAAUACACUCCCUUCCCCAUUGCUGCAGAUGCUUCUCUUGCUAGACUCAAACAUACCUCGCACAGUACGGCAGAAGGGAGUAAAAAUCCUUGCCUAUGCACUUCGUGGAAGCUAAGCUAGUGGUCUCAGGUUGUCAUCCUUUUCCAUGGGAUGUGAACAAGCUCAAGUUUGGGACCAUUUUGAAUGCGUCUCAUACCAGCCAUUGUCACAAUGGCAUUUAGCACUAACCCAACCAGCCAAGUUUGCAUCUCUAACACAAGAUCCCUGUAAGCUCCCGUAACCAUCAUGGUACAAAAUGUCCUGUAUAGCCUGUUUUCUCCCUUAUGUCAUGGAAAAUGGCAGAACCACCAGCUGUAACAUCCAGUUGUCUUGCUGCUUCUUCACUGACACACAACAUCAGCUUCAACAGGUGGUGCCUUCACAGAGAAAUUUCAUCUUAAGGACAACUCUAUCUCUGUCUUUCUGGUGAGAGGAGGCAAUAAUUGAAGAACACUCGCAAAACAAGUCACUAGCAGCUUUAGCAUGUUAAAAGCCGUUACCUUGGGCUUGGUUGAAAAACAAAUGCUGAACUGGGCAUUUGCCUGUUUACCAACAUACAUACAUCACAACCUGGAUAUAUGGGAGGGGAACAACAUCUUGAGUUGGAAACUUGUGCCGCAAGCUUUCUCCACAAGCUGCUGGCUAGCACUUUACAGUCAUCAUUUUCCCUUUCCUGUCUGCAUGCCUUGCUUGAAUGUCUAAGCACUUGGUUAAGUUAUGCCAGAUUUGCUUUACACAGUUGGUCAACAAGGAUCAGGCCCCAUCUGCAGCAGAUGCACAGCACAACUGCACCAGUCUGGGGAGUCUGCAAGAUACUGCAGGUAUCAGGAUAUACCAGUAACUUCAACAUACGUGGGAAGGAAGAGCAGCCCAGCCAUGUCUCUACAGCAAGCACAGGCUUCUCCAUGAAUGCAAAACAGCCAGCAGUGAGGCUUUGACUGUACAAACUGUUUCACCAGUGACAUGGGAUGCAAUGUGCAAUAAUGACAGCGUAAAGGACAGUCACCAGGAAUGUUUGGAAAACUCUGCUUACAGCUAACAGAAAUCUCUAAGUUAAUAUGCAGUCUCUACGUUUGUUCAAUUGUUUUUGUCAGGUCCUUAAUGUUACCCUUAUUUAAUCUUGCAAAACCAGAGGAACGUUUAUUUUAAUCAGGAUAAAAAUAUUGUUGUUUUCUACCACUAUGGAUAAACCAGGAAAGUAAGUUUUGUAUGCCAGAUGGUAAAAAUGCAGUUAACAGUAGCCUUAAUUGUAAAAUGUAUUUGUAGUACAGUGAAGGCAUGUGCAGGGGAAAUCCCACACAGGAAUUCUGCUCUAACAACACAUCAUUCAGAAGGAAGCUUUCAUUCCUCUAUUCUUCCCCUAGAAACACAACAGGACAAACUAACAGAAAAACAAAAAGGUCUGCUCUGUAAGUAUUAAAAACUUACGAUGCCCAAAUACUGUCCAGUUCCAAACUCUUCUCUCUCCCAUAUCCAUCAGCUGAAGAAUGUGUGUACAUCUGGGGACAUGGCUGGAAAAAAAAAAUAAACUAGCCAUAACGUAAAGCUUGCCUGAGUUUGAGAUCUGUCUGACCGAUGCUCAUGGGCACUGACUGAAGAGAGUCAAGUCCAGAGCAACGGCAAACAACGCAGCCUUCCCCUCCAGAUCCAUCAGCAGGGCCUCAGCCUGCCCUGUAAUACCACCCUGGGAUGGUCUCUCACU